GGGACGAAGGGGCGUCCGGGCGGGAGUGGGGAGGGCCGGCGUCUGCGGUCGGGGGAGAGGGGCGAGUGGAACAGGGGUACGGGAAAGUCCCUCCUCAGCCGUCCCUCCCCUCCCGGCGUGAAGUGCAGGGACCCCAGGAUGCCCAGCCGGCCGGGGAAGUGCAAGUCGGCAGGUGGAUGUGGUUUCCGGGAAGAGAACCCUGCCUCUCCGGAGCCUCAGCCUUUCCUUCUCUUCAGCGGCUCUCUGUCUGUUUGUUUAAAGUAGUAUAAUUAACGCAGCCCGGCGUGCCUCACGCUGACACCUUCCCCUGUGGAAAACCGCUUCUAGCCGCCUGAAGCAGCCCGGGAGGCAAUCCCUCUCUUACCUCCUCCCUCUGAAAGCCGAGAGCAUAAAAGUUUUCCUGCCUAAGCCCUGCCACGAAGAACGGGACAUUUCCUGUCGAAACAGUUCCCCGGAGUUGUGAUAAUUCCUUCAUGAAGUCGUCUACGGAUGCUGCUCUUUACACUCUUUAAAGAAUGUCACUUGCCUGCGUAAAGAGGAGCAACGGUGUUGUUGCGCUCUGAGGUCCUCAGUGAGAAACUUGAGUCCCGGGCGAUGAGAAUAGCUCAUGGGGAACUCAGGGACUGACGGGCUCUAGUGACUGCAGCCAGUGCUGUGUAACCCUCGAGAAAGUGAUGUGGGUCUCUCUCCAUCCUCUCAGGCGUGGGGGCGAAGGGGUGCAGCCUGGCAUUUGGAAGCUUAAGAACCAAGUCUGUUGCCUUCCAAUUUAUUUAUUUUUUUAAAAGCCUUCCAUCAUGGGUGUACUUUGCUUGAAUGAUUAUUUUAAAGUACACGUCCUAUUUUUGCCAAUCUGACAGCUGUUUCCAUAGAAACCAGAGAAGAAAUAGUCAUCUUCAGCAGAGUUGUUAAAACUGUCUUCCAGGCUUCGGCUGCGAGUGCCAAUAAUCAAGGAGAAGAAAGAUGAACUUAAUCUAUGGACUGCAAUCUGCUACUAGAAACUGUGUUUUCUUCCGAUUUCAUUUGCUGGCCCACUGGAGAAAAUGUAACACACGAGCUGUAACCUCACCGGACUGUCAUCAAGUACAAAUUAAUCAUAUAGUUAAUACGUAUCAGGGUCUGGGAGUAAAUCAGUAUGAUAGGUUGACUUUUCUGCCUGAAAAUUUUUCUUUCUCUAAGACCUUCAGUAAUGAAAGACCAGGAUGCCUCUUGAGCACGAGAUGUAAGGAAAUUGGGAUGGUUACCCCAAAAUGUACUGUGUGGAAUGACUCUUUAUCAAGACAACUACAGAUAAAAGAAGUUACAGGAGUUCCUGCUCUUUCACUAUUGCAUCCUCUAAACUGUCUUCAUGAAAGAGACAUCAGGAGUUUCCACACUUCUCCUCAGUGUCAAGCUGCUCCGGUUCCUCUCUUGUUGAUAAUUCUCAAGCCAGUGCAGAAACUAUUUGCAAUCAUUGUAGGCAGGGGCAUAAGGAAAUGGUGGCAGGCACUUCCUCCUAACAAGAAAGAACUAUUUAAAGAAAGUUUAAGAAAGAAUAAAUGGAAGUUACUCCUAUGUUUCAGUAGUUUUGGAUUGCUCUUUGUAGUGUUUUAUUUUACUCACCUGGAAGUGAGUCCUGUCACGGGAAGGAGGAAGCUACUAUUAUUGGGGAAAGAGCAUUUCAGACUUUUAUCAGAACUGGAAUAUGAAGCAUGGAUGGACGAAUUUAAAAAUGAUAUGCUCACUGAGAAGGAUGCCCGAUACCUAAUGGUUAAGGAGGUGGUUAAUCAUUUGAUUGAAUGCAAUAAAGAUAUUCCAGGGGUCUCUGAGAUCAAUUGGAUUAUUCAUGUGGUUGAUUCCCCAGAUGUAAAUGCCUUCGUGCUUCCAAAUGGACAAGUGUUUAUCUUCACCGGGCUUUUAAAUAGUGUGACUGAUAUCCAUCAACUUUCCUUCCUUCUGGGCCAUGAAAUAGCACACGCAGUACUUGGGCAUGCUGCAGAAAAGGCUAGCUUGGUUCAUUUAUUGGAUUUCCUAGGUCUGAUUUUUCUCACAAUGAUUUGGGCCAUUUGCCCUCGAGAUAGUUUGGCACUUUUGGGCCAGUGGAUACAGUCUAAACUGCAGGAGUAUAUGUUUGAUAGACCGUACAGUAGAACAUUAGAGGCUGAAGCUGACAAAAUUGGACUACAGCUUGCUGCAAAGGCUUGUGUGGACGUCAGAGCCAGUUCGGUGUUUUGGCAGCAGAUGGAAUUUGCAGAUCAUCUCCAGGGCCAUCCCAGGUUGCCAGAAUGGUUAUCCACACACCCUUCUCAUGGAAAUCGAGCUGAGCACUUGGAUAGACUCAUACCUCAGGCUCUUAAAAUUAGAGAGAUCUGUAAUUGCCCACCACUUUCUGGACCAGACCCUCGAUUACUCUUCAAACUCAGCAUGAAGCAUUUCUUGGAAGAAUCAGAGAAAGAAGACCUAAAAGUCACUGCCGAGAAACAGAAAAUGGAUACUCUCACCAUUCAACAACAGAAGCAAAUACCCUUAACGUAUAUAAUUGAGAAAAGAACUAGCAGUUGAAUUAAAAUUUAUGAGACACAGGAUAUAUGAAGAAUGUAGCGGUCCUUACCAUUUUUAUGUUAUUUUUUAAAAAAUGAUGUUUGAAAUUUAAAAAAUGUAUAUUCAGGGUCAAAUCAUGUGUAUUACAAGUAUUAUCUAAAUUCUUCUAGGUAUUUUCAUGAAAUAUUGAUGUAUUUUAUUCUCUUUUAAAGUAUCUUCAAUGAGGAAAGUGUCACAGAAUAAAUUUAUAUUACACAUUUUA